CUGAGUGAAAGAACAAAAAUGGCAAUUCCUCUUUCUGCGGUCGUUCGUGGGCAUUUUGCGAGAAAACUUUUCGCCGCAUUUAAAAACCGCCUCAUUGAAUUAUGCGAACUGCGUGAAACUCCGAUAAAAGGGCAACUGAGUAAUGAACCACCAGAACUAUGGCGGCAUCCAAUGGAUACAGCAACACCCCACCGCAGCCGACUCUGGGGUGGAUAUACUGGUGGGAGACGGCGAUGAUGGUGAGACGCCGGACGGGUAUCUCGUGACCGAUGGAACGACGGGCGAGGAUCUUGACCAUAUGGCGGCCGAAAAUCUCAUAUUCAUGGCCCGCGACGGUCAGCUGAGUGAAAUCAUAACUGGCGGUAACGCUGUGAUAGUCACUGCCGAUGGCCACACUGUGGCGUACGCCGAGUCCUUUGACGAUGACGCCCAGGUGGUCACUGAGGAGGUCAUCACGGACGACUGGGUGCAGCAUCAGGGAGCCGAGCGUGUGGAAAUCGCCGCGGAGCAAAUAGCUGGAAAUGGCAGCUCGCAGGAGCUGUUAGACAUGGAGCAGGACGAGUACACGGCCCUUCGACCGUACCCCUGUGACUUUUGCAGUCGUCGGUUUAAGAAAAAGUCCAGCCUCAACACCCAUAUGCUGGCCCACCAGAACGAUCGUCCUCAUCUCUGCAAGCUGUGCGGGUCACGCUUCUCUCGCCGAGCCGAGCUCAUCAGUCAUUUCAAGGCUCACGCCGAGGCUCAGGAUGCUGCCGAUGCCGAGGCAGCGGCGGCCACAUCUAUUAAAUUCGAGCACCGGCCAAUGGAGGAUCAUUACUAUGAGCCCGAAUGGCCGUUAUACCAGCAGGAGCAGGUUUCCGAGCAUCAGCAGCAGCUGGUAUCCAGCAGCGAAGCUCAACUGAUGCACCAGGAUAGCUACAACGUUGCUGCAGUUACUGUCGAUGCUCCUAUGCCGACGCGAGGAAGAAUCAGUCGCCUGAAGCCAAAGGAGGAGGCCACACAGUACAUUGUGAUUUCCGAUAAGACGGAAGCGCCCGAGUUGCAGGAUUAUAUGCAAAGCGAGUCCAUGCAGACGGUGGUCACAACCUCGACCCCGAUCGAACCCCAGCCUAGAGCUGAUCUUCCGCAGCCGAACUAUCCAGUGCUGGACGACAGCAAGCCGUUCGUGUGUCAGCAAUGCGGCUUGGCCUUUGCCAGAGAGAAAGCGCUCUUCUCUCACACAAAGAACCAUCGCGUGGACUCGCCCUUCGAGUGUAACCAGUGCCAGGAGAUGUUCUGGGACAAUGGCAGUCUACUGGAGCAUCAGAAGACGCAUCAGUUCGAGGAGAGCAACUCUGAGUACGAUCCAGCCUCGGGGGACGACAGUGCCAGCGAAUCGGACACGGAACAGCUCUAUGGCGACUUUCACUGCCCCGAAUGCGGCAUUUCAUUUCACAGACAGGACCUGCUGCGACGACACACGAAAUGCCAUUACCCGCAGCCAGAGGCAAGUAACGGAGACCAAAUGCCCCAUGGGGGAGAGGAAGGAAUCAACGAUGAUGCGAUGGCUGGUGAUGCCGAAAAUGCCAAAGACGAUACUCCCCACCGAUGUCAGACGUGCGGCAAGUGUUUUCCCAAUGCCGUUGCGUUAAAUGCCCAUGCCGAAAUUCACGCCCGUUUCCCGCCCUUUAAGUGCGUCUUGUGCGGCGUCAGCUUCUUUGAAGAGCAGGCCAUUAAGCGGCAUCUGCACACGCGUCAUCCGCACGAGCUGAAAGCCAACUCGUGUGUGCUGUGUGGAAAGGAGUGCCGGGAUCGUAAGGCUCUCAUCAAGCAUGCCUGGGACCACUCGCGUGAGAAGUGUCACUCGUGCUCCAAGUGCGGUAAGAACUUCCACAAUAAGGCGCGUCUGAAGCGGCACAUGGCCUCGCAUAGGGACAAGUCAGUGGUGUGUGAGGUCUGCCAGGAGGAGUUCCCCGACGGACGGACGCUAUCCAAUCAUCGCCACUCCCACAGCACCACCUCGCCGGGCAAACUCUUCCCGUGUCAUGAGUGUGGCAAGACCUUUGGUUCGCGCAGCUCCCAGCAGAUUCACGUACGCAUCCACACGGGCGAGCGUCCAUACGGUUGUCGUUACUGCUGGAAGGCCUUUGCCGACGGCGGCACUUUGCGCAAGCACGAGCGCAUCCACACGGGCGAGAAGCCCUACGCCUGCUCCGUAUGUCCGCGUGCCUUUAACCAGCGAGUGGUGCUCCGGGAGCACAUACGCUCCCAUCACUCCGGCAUGGAUGUAACGCUGGGCACUUACCACUGCGAAGUUUGCUCCGAGGAUCUGUCCUCGUCCAAUGAGCUCAUCCAGCAUCUUAUCAAGCACAGCGACACGAACACCGCGAAACAGCGUCAGCCAGUCACUGGACCAAGGAAGUACAAGCGCAGGCGCAAGCUGCAGCCCCAUGAGAUUGCCCACAUGCGAGCCACAAAGGAAGAUGAGAUCUUGCAGGCCGAAGAGUAUACCAGUGACCUAGACAUCUGCGACUUUGAUGUGGAGAACGCGAACCAAAUCUUUGAAAUGGCCGAAUCCACGAAAAAGGAUAAGCGCAAAAAGGGCGGCGCAGCCAAGGAACCGAAAGCAGCUGCCAAUGGAACGGCCAAGGCUAUCGACGAUAAGUCGAAAAUGCGUUAUGAUUCCACCAGCAGUCAGUCGGAUCGCAUGUGGGAGGAAAAGUUCCUGAACGACAGCCAAGUGUCGUUGUUUCAAAUUGACUCGUUAUCGACUAUAAAUCAACAACAAUCACCGCUGCCAGCCAGCACCGCCAGUUCCUCCAGCGUGCCGAAGACGCGACGCAGUGCCAAGAAGCCGGCAGCCCAAGUGCAGGCCAAGACGGCGACACCAGUGGAGGUAAAACCGAACCCCAGUGCUUCAUCGUCCUCUACGACUGUGAGUACGAGCAGCCGCAGCCGAAAGAAGGCGGGAACAAGCAAGGCCGCCACUGGCAAGUCAGCUGCUGCCGGAAGUUCGAGACCGAGAAUGAUCCACACCGAAAAGGCUAAGGCGCCCAAAGCUGCAGAAAGCUCAGGCACUGCAUCCGGAUCCAACAAGAAGACGCGUGGCAAGAGCUACAUCACCCGGACAGAGACCAGCAAUCUCGAUCUCCUUUCAAGCAGCGGCAGCUCAAAGUCGAGAGCCACUGCCUCCAAUAUUGUUGACGACUAUGAGAUAAUUUCCCCAGCCACGCAUCCACCCAACCAGAUCAGCUCCAGUCCGCUGCACAUUAAGCAGGAGCAAGAGCAGCAGCGCGUUCCGAUGAUGUACGACGACAGUCUGCUCAUCGAUGCCGCCCUGCUGCGCGAGAAGACAUACGAGCGGUUCAAUCCCAGUAUAGUAAACGAUCUGGAGGAGAUUCUGCGCUCCCCGCUUAAGAGUGAGCGCAAUUCUCGACUGCGUUUCACUAGCGAGUCAUCGACAACGCCGCAGUUUCUGCCCAGUGAGGAGCAGAACCUCAUCAAGAUCGAGCCAACAUCUCCCGAUCUGCGGGAAAUGGUUGAGAGUCAGCAACGCGUCACGGCUACUACUGGCAACACCCCCUCAUCCUCGUCGUCGUCGGCCCGAACCUCGCGUCACCUGCGCCAGAUCACUGCCAACAGUCCGCGCGUCGGGAGUAAACGUUCCAGCAGCAGUCGGACGGACCCUGCCUCCGGUGUGGCAGCCAAGAAGCACGCCACAUCCUCCUCCUCUUCCUCGGUGGCGGCUGGGAGCAAGACAAGGAGCUCUGAACACUCGUACCUCAGCUACGGCGUGGGCGUGGACUCCUACAAUGUGAAUGUACCUGCCAGCGCCAACACUGCCGAUGUGAGCUCUGCAUUCUUUUCCAUUUCCGAAGUGGUCUCCGCCGCAGACGCAGCCGAUGCUGCAGCCAAGGCAGCCGCGGCCAGCAAGCCGGACCGCAAGAAGCGCAGCUUCGAAUGCGAGAUGUGCUCUGCCUGCCACAUUCUACGAUUUCACACAGCUGCUGGACCACGUCCACAUCCACAUAUAGGUCUCCUAACUACUAACUACUAACUGGAUGGUUACUUCAGAUCGUUGUACCAUUGAGAAACGACCGACACAUCAAAAGAUCGUUGACUCGUGCGUUAAUUAAACGAAACAUUUCUCUUAUUUAGAGAGCCCUUAGAUCGUAAGACUUUUAAGUUUGUACCUCAGCCUUUGCUUUAAAGAAUUGGUAUGCUGGAAUCAAUAAAAUAAUUGGCUUUUUAUUUGCCUAAAGUGUU